AACGCGAUGUUGGCAGCAGAACAAUCAGCUGUGUUAUGGAAUAACGAAUAAAUGGUAUGGAUUCCGGGGAACAGAAUUGUGCUGCAUUACCUUCACAGUUGACAGUUGAUGACGUUGAUGUAGAAUUUUUACCGCUUAUAUAUGAGAUAAUUAGGAGCGUUGAACGAGAUCCACAUGAUUCAAGUCAGAAAACUAGGGAGUCCCAGGAUACAAGUCAGAAAGUAUUAGAGCUUCAGAAAAAGCUUGAUCAAGCACGUAAUCAGAUUCACAGACUUCCUGGUGUGGAAUACAGCAAGGAAGAGCAACUUCAGAAACUUGAAACAUUGAGAAAGCAGCUGCAAUUAAAGAAAGACCUUUUGCUAAAGUAUAGACACAUGUGUACUUUUGACAUUCCAAAAUCUUAAAUCAAUAAGUGACUGCAAUGGUUCUGCGUUUCUUGUUCCGUUAUCUGGCCAAUAAUGAACAGAUAGUAAGUCGGUUGGCUGAAUCCUAUCCAGUCCGCCGU